AUGGAUAUUGCUAUUGAGACACCAUCAAUCUCGUCAAUAUCUUCAAGAAUCAAAGCAAAAUCUAACACAAAAACAAAAUCUCGUACUUCUUCGAAUUCUCAAAAUGCAGCAUUGAGAGAUGUAACAAACAAAGAAGAAACAUCAACUGCAUUAGCCAAGCACAAAAAAAGAAAACUGCCACCAUCACCACAACAACAACAAAAACAGUCAUCACGUUUAAUAGCUAAAAGAAGUCGGCAAGACGAUUCUUCUUUUUAA